GUGCGCAGUAGGAGCGGAAGUAUACACCACAGUAGGUGUGUGGAACCCGCGGUUCCGGGAUGGUGGGCGGCGGCGGCAGCGGCGGGCUCUUGGAGAAUGCCAACCCUCUCAUCUACGAGCGCUCCGGGGAGCGGCCAGUGACCCCGGGCGAGGAAGACGAGCAGGUGCCCGACAGCAUCGACGCCCGCGAGAUCUUCGAUCUCAUUCGCUCCAUCAAUGACCCGGAGCAUCCACUGACCCUGGAGGAACUAAAUGUAGUAGAGCAAGUUCGGGUUCAGGUUAGUGACCCUGAGAGCACAGUGGCAGUGGCCUUCACACCCACCAUCCCACACUGCAGCAUGGCCACUCUUAUUGGCCUGUCUAUCAAAGUCAAGCUUCUUCGCUCCCUUCCCCAGCGUUUCAAGAUGGACGUGCACAUUACACCUGGGACCCACGCCUCGGAGCAUGCAGUGAACAAACAGCUUGCGGAUAAGGAGCGAGUGGCAGCUGCCUUGGAGAAUACUCACCUGUUAGAGGUUGUCAAUCAGUGUCUGUCAGCCCGCUCCUGAGCCUGGCUUUCGACCCCCAGCCUGCACAUGGGUGUCCUGGUCCCAGCUCUACCAAGGGCUCAUGGCUUUGUUUUCUUGAAUCACUGACAGUGAAAAGCUAACAUUUUGAAUUUUGUAAUAAAUCCUUAAUUUAUAUUCAUUUCCCA